AUGAAGGGAAAAACCCCAAAACCUACGAAAGUUAGGGGAAGAAAAAAGCUAUCAAAUGGCAGAAACACUUUGCAGCUUCAUUUCAGCAAAUUCUCUCUCAAUCAAUACAAGCCCUUACCAACAACAUCUUGUCCUUCCAACGCCGUAAGGGAUACAAACGAAGCUGCCGAAACUGAUUCCAGAGAUUGUAUUCUCAGUCAAGAUUUAUUUUGUUCUCCUGAUUAUUUAACGCCGGAGAAUCAACGGAUUUUUAACUGUUUGACAUUCAAUAAGGAUAAUAGUCCUUGCCCUAGAUCGCCGGAGAAAUUGACGACAGCGAGAAACAAGAGAUGUAGGCUAGAUGAUGUCUACGCAAGGUCUCUUAGCUCUCCCGUUUUUAAUGACCAUCAACAAGAUGUGGAACUUGAUAAGGACUCUGUUUCAGAGGAAGUAUCUCUUGCAGAGGAAUUUUCUCUUGAUAAAUUAAAAGUAGCUGUUAAGCCAAAUCCCCAGAAUUAUGUGUCACAAUCUGCAGCUGCAUUGCGUUGCAGGGCUAUGCCUCCUCCUUGCUAUAGGAACCCCUAUUUAAAAGAUGUUUCACAAAAGGAGACAGAUCCCUUUGCAAACCAAAGAUCCAAAUGUGCAGGGUUCUUCCCUAAAUUUACAUCCGAUGAGGGUCUUUCACGCUAUCGCACCGAUUUUGAAGAGCUUGAGCAAAUUGGCAUAGGGAACUUUAGUUGUGUUUUUAAAGUAUUAAAGCGAAUAGAUGGCUGCUUGUAUGCUGUGAAACGCAGCACUAGACAGUUACACCUGGAAACAGAAAGGAAAAAAGCUUUGAUGGAAGUUCAAUCUUUGGCAGCCUUGGGUUCUCAUGAGAACAUUGUGGGGUAUUAUUCUUCAUGGUUUGAAAGUGAACAGCUGUACAUUCAGAUGGAGAUAUGUGAUCAUAGCUUAUCCAAAUACAAAGGCUCUGAGUUAUUAUCAGAAGGACAACUCUUAGAAGUUUUAUAUCAGAUUGCCAAUGCACUGCGAUUUAUACACGAGAAGGGAAUAGUUCAUCUUGAUGUUAAGCCUGAUAAUAUUUAUGUUAAAAAUGGUGUUUAUAAGCUUGGUGAUUUUGGAUGUGCAACUCUUAUUGAUAAUAGCCUUCCAAUCGAGGAAGGAGAUGCCCGUUAUAUGCCCCAGGAAAUCCUUAAUGAGAAAUAUGAUCACCUUGACAAGGUUGAUAUUUUCUCGCUGGGAGCUUCUAUUUAUGAGCUUGUUCGAAAAUCACCUUUGCCAGAAUCACGAUGUCAUUUUUCAAAUCUAAAAGAGGGCAAGUUGUCACUCCUUCCCAGCAAUACAAUGCAAUUUCAAAACUUGCUCAAGGCCAUGAUUGAUCGUGAUCCAGUUAAGAGGCCGUCUGCCAGAGAGUUAGUAGAGAAUCCAAUUUUUGACAGGGUCUUAAGAAGAGCGAAAAAUUGA